AUGUCGUAUCAAGAUUCCGGUUUUUCUACGAUGUACGAUCGUCAGGACGACUAUGAUCUCGAUGAAGACAAUGAAGAGUAUUUGGAGGAGGAUAGGGAUGCCGAGGAGCAAGAUGAAAGCGACGAGGAUACCGAAGAGGCGAGCGAAACUGAUAUGGGAAAAUCUGAAGAAUAUACAGAAAUCAAGGAACAGAUGUACCAAGAUAAAUUAGCUAGUUUGAAAAAGCAGCUGCAGCAAUUGAAGGAAGGCACGCAUCCUGAAUACAAUCGUAAACUAAAACGACUAGAAGCACAAUAUAAGGAACGACUGAGAUUGAAUAUAGUUUAUCGGGAUUACUUGACGGAAUGGGUUGAGCGCGAUUAUAUAUCUGAGAAGAAAGCAGCAGCAAAAGAAUUUGAAGAAAAAAAAAUCGAUCUUAAGGAAAAUCUACUUACUGAUAUGGAGGAAAAACGAAAAAUGAUUGAGUCAGAUCGUCACACAAUGGAACUCACUGGUGAUUCGAUGGAGGUAAAGCCUGUAAUGACGAGAAAAUUACGCAGACGUCCCAACGAUCCAGUACCUGAAAAAGUAGAGAAACGGCGGAAACCACCUCCUGCGCAAUUAAAUUACGUAUUGGACGAUAAAGAUAUCGAAUUUGACUUAAAAGCAAUCAAUCGUGCGAAAGCGCCGACCACUAUUCGCAAACCAGUAGUUUUGCCACAUUACAAUGCGGUAAAUAUUCCAUCGCAACAUAUAUCACAGCCGCCUGAAACCCCAUUGGUGGAAACUCGGAUAGAAGACGGGAAAUUAUUAUAUGAGCGAAGAUGGUUUCAUCGUGGUCAACCUGUCUAUGUUGAAGGCAAGGAUCUUAAUAGAUUCGCAGCUAACAUUUCUGCAAUUGGCACCGAAGCGAUUUGGGUGAAGAAAGUAACAGACAGCAGCAAAGUACGCAUUUACAUAUCGCAGUUGAGUCGUGGAAAGAUCUCCAUCAAACGACGAGCUUCCUAAUCAACUUCUUUAUUAU